AUGGCAGCCACCACCACCACCACCACCCUAGAAAUGGAGGCUGCCCCCAACACCAAUCUCGACGAGACCGAGGAUGACUUGUCGCCCAUCGAAGAGGUUCGUCUAACGGUAUUAAACGAGGACGACACGUCGCUGCCCGUAUGGACGUUCCGGAUGUGGAUAAUAGGCCUAUUUUCUUGCAUCCUCCUCUCCUUCAUCAACACCUUCUUCUCGUUCCGCACGGAGCCGCUCGUGAUAACGAUGAUCUCCGUGCAGGUGGCGAGUCUGCCGAUCGGACGGUUCAUGGCGCGGACGCUGCCGAGGACCAAGGUUUGGGUUGGCGGGAAGUCGUUCUCGUUGAACCCCGGGGAGUUUAACAUAAAAGAGCAUGUCCUGAUUUCAAUAUUUGCGAAUGCCGGCGCAGGGUUUGGGAGUGGACCGGCUUAUGCCGUCGAUAUCGUGACUAUAAUCAAAGCUUUUUAUGGUCGGAAGAUAUCGUUCUUCGCCAGUUGGGCACUUGUGAUUACUACACAGGUAUUAGGGUAUGGAUGGGCCGGUAUUCUCAGAAAGUACGUGGUGGAUCCGGCGGCGAUGUGGUGGCCCAGUAGUCUCGUUCAGGUUUCCUUGUUCAGGGCUCUUCAUGAGAACGACAGCAACCGAAUGUCCAGAAGCAAAUUCUUUUUGAUUGCCCUCAUAUGCAGCUUCUCUUGGUACGUUAUGCCAGGCUACCUCUUCACAACUCUCUCCACAAUUUCAUGGAUCUGUUGGCUCUCUCCAAAGUCAAUAACAGCUCAACAAAUUGGGUCGGGUUUCCGUGGACUUGGUCUGGGGGCAGUAACCCUAGACUGGUCUGUCAUAGCCUCCUACCUUGGCAGCCCUCUGAUCAGUCCCUUCUUUGCCAUUGCCAACAUCGCAGUGGGUUACAUUAUCACCAUGUAUGUGAUCAUUCCAAUUGCCUAUUGGAAGCUCAAUUUGUACAAUGCCAGCAAUUUCGCAAUCUUCUCUUCCCAUUUGUUUGAUUCCCAGGGCCAAAUAUAUGAUGUGAAAGCCAUUGUGAAUGACAAGUUUGAGAUUGACAUGCCCUCGUAUGAAAAACAUGGACUCAUAAACUUGAGUGUCUUCUUUUCCCUAACCUAUGGCAUUGGUUUUGCUGCUGUUAUAUCAACCCUCACACAUGUGGCCCUUUUCCAUGGAAGGGAUAUAUAUAAACAAUACAAAUCUUCACAUACUGGAAAGAUAGAUAUACACACCAAAUUAAUGAGGAAAUACAAGGACAUACCCAACUGGUGGUUUCAUAGUUUGCUUUUUCUGGCGAUGGCACUCUCUCUGGCAUUGUUCAUUUUCCUGAAAAAAGAAGUGCAAAUGCCAUGGUGGGGACUCAUUUUUGCAGCAGGAAUUGCAUUUGUUUUCACCCUUCCAAUUAGCAUUAUAACUGCCACAACAAAUGUGACACCGGGACUAAAUGUCAUCACGGAGUACAUCAUGGGUUUGAUAUUACCUGGCCAACCGAUAACCAAUGUAUGCUUUAAAACUUAUGGGUACAUAAGCAUGGCACAGGCUAUAUCCUUUCUUAGUGAUUUUAAGUUAGGGCAUUACAUGAAGAUCCCGCCUAUAUCAAUGUUCGUAGUUCAGUGCAUAGGAACUAUAGUAGCCGGAACAGUCAAUAUCGGAACGGCAUGGUGGUUGUUAGGCAGUGUGGAGAACAUAUGUAACGUUGAAUUACUCCCUAGCAAUAGCCCCUGGACUUGUCCUAAUCACGGUGUCUUCUUCACUGCAUCUGUGAUUUGGGGUCUGGUUGGACCGAGACGAAUCUUCGGCUCUCUUGGACAUUACUCAGCCCUCAACUGGUUCUUCCUUGUCGGCGCCCUUGGGCCUCUCUUGGUGUGGUCGCUGCACAAAGCUUUUCCCAAGCAGAAAUGGAUCGCUUAUAUCAACCUUCCAGUGCUUUUUGGAGCAACGGCUGUGAUGCCACCAGCCACAACUGUGAACUUCAACUGCUGGAUUGUGAUGGGGAUAGUUUUCAAUUACUUUGUUUUCAGGUACAGAAAGAGGUGGUGGCAGAGGUACAACUAUGUUCUCUCGGCUGCCCUAGAUGCUGGGUUGGCUUUCAUGGGGGUGCUUAUAUAUAUGUGUUUGACCAUAAACGAUAUAAGCAUAUCUUGGUGGGGUACAGAAGACUAUGACCACUGUCCAUUAGCCACGUGUCCAACAAAUAAGGACAUAGUGCUUGGUCAUGCUUGUGUACUCUGA